ACGCGCGUGACGCACAUCGGCGCCGCCGGCGCUCGGCCGUCGGGGCGACUGGAGUUCGAGCCCCGGCCCCGGCAGACAUGGCGGAAGUGCUGCUGGAGGCGGAGGUCCUCCGUGAGGGCGGCGGCAGCCUGGCUGCUCCGGGCCCGAGCGGCAGCUCCGCGCGCUUGGCCCCGCUGGACCCGGAGCAGCUGCGGCGCGUCCUGGAGCGGGUGACGAAGGCGCAGCCGCCGCCCUGGGAGCUGCGGGACUCGGCCCAGCCCCCGCGCCCGCCGCCGCCCCAGGUGAGGCCCCCGCACAGGCCCGGGGCGUUCGGCCGCCUGUCGGAGCCCGAGGGGCAGCAGCAGCAGCUGGAAGCCGGAUGCGUCAAGGUGUCACCUGGCAGCACAGACAGGCAGCAGAGGCCGACGUCCCCCCUGGUCACCGUCCAGCCCCAGGCAGCCAGGCUGAGCCCGCCACCCGGAAGGCUCUUCAGCGUCGCCAGCCCACAGCUACCCGGUGCUGGGGCCCUCCUGAGCACCAGGCUGCAGCCCUGCCUCCUGACUGGCCCUCAGCCUCCCUUGUAGGUGCUUGUGCGAAGGCCUCUGCCCGCCCUGCAGCUGCUCUCCGCCGAGAGGGGCCUGGCCCCAGCCGCUCACCUGCCUGCGGUCACCCCAUCUUCCUCCAGCUCAGCCGAUGGCUUCAUUGCCAGCACACACACAAAGCACCCUGAGAAACCGAAAAGGCUCUUAUGAGUGAAGACGCGCUCUGGGCGCGUCUCCCGCCCUCCCAAGCACAAGGCGAAGGACUACAAGUUCAUAAAGACAGAGGACCUGGCCGACGGUCACCCUUCAGACUCGGACGACUAUUCGGAGCUGAGCCUCGAGGAGGAGGAGGAGCCAGGGGACAAGCAGGGGCUCUUUGAAUUCCACUGCUCACUGAGGCCCAAAGCAUUUAAGUGUCAGGCGUGUGACAAAUGCUACAUUGGGAAGGGGGGCCUGGCCCGACAUUUUAAACUCAACCCCAGCCAUGGCCACCUUGAGCCUGAGAUAGUCCCACCUGGGAAAGCCGGGGACAGGGCGGUCCAGGGCCACAAGGAGGCGAGGACGGGGGCCUGGCCCCCAGAAGUGUUCACACCAGCCCUUGGAGGGGAGGAAGGGGCCCCGUCAGCCCGGAGUGGCCUGCAGCUUCUCCAGCAGCGCGGCCGUGGGGAUCUGGUGGAGCUGGCUCUGUUCCGGCUGGCUCAGGCUGUGACCGUCUACGAGUUUCUCCUCGGGAAGGUUGAGGAAGGUUACCCAGCCAAGCCUCUUUUCCUGGCUGUAUACAAGGAAUUUGAAGAGUUGCAUGAGAUGGUGAAGAACUUGUGCCGAGAUUACCUCAGCAGUGCCAGCCCACGUUCUCUGGAACCCCUGCGAAUAAACAACAGUAAGGUACCGAGCGACCUCCCCUGGAGGCCGUGCGGAACGAAAGGCACCCAGAUGGCGUUCCACCCACGGGCACCUGCCACGAGGGGCCGGGUGGGAGCUGGAGCAGCCUGGCCCACAGAAGAGGGGGUGCCAGAGCAUGGAGCCGGACCUGGCUGCACUGAAGAGGGCCAGAAGUGGACCUCUGUCCCAGGACGGCACCCAGCCCUGCGCCCACAGUGCCAGCAGGCAGAAGCCGCUCUCAGAACUUUAGCAUUGCUCUGCUCUGCCCCGUGGUAUUGCUGGGGAUUGAACCUGGGACCUUGGAACCUCAGGCACAAAGGGCCUGCCGCCCGCAUCAACGGGAGUGUCUCUCGCCAUCCUCAAGGUGCCGCCGUGCCGCCGCCAGUAGCUGACUUUGAAGCCAGAACCGGCUACGCAGACGUUACUGUCCCUUAUCGGGGUGUGAGUGGCCUGGCUCUUUCCCCUCAGCUGGGGGAGCCAGGGACAUUGGCCCAGAAGCGGGUGGCAGCAUUCCCUGAGGAGAAUGCUCAGGGACCCCUCCCAGACCAGGACACGGGGCACAGCCUGCAGAGCGGGGGUGUCUACGGCUCCUUGCCGGCCUCCAGAGGAGCGGGACCCUUGGCACCUGGCAGUUCUGUGGGUAUAGCAGCAGGAGACCUCCACAGGGUGCAGGCCUCCCCCUCACGUGGCCCAUCAUCCAGCCCCAGUGACGGCCUGCACUCUUGAGGUGGCAGAAACUUCCGUCCCCAGAUGUGCAGCCAGGCAACAUCUUCCUGCCCCAGCCAGGCCAGCUGUCCGCUGACGGCCAGCUCAGGAGCCUCGAGGGUGACCCGGACUCCGACCAGAUGGGACUGGGGCACAUCAUGGCUACCGGCGAGGCCUGGACUCUGGAGACCACUACUGGGGGCCCCGGGCUGUGCCAGGACAAGGAGAUGACUGCCACCCGCACCCCCAAGGGGCUCCUCUUGUCCCCCUCAGGCUCCCUCCCGUUGCCAUCGUGACCCAGGUGGAGGGGCCCGCCCUGCCGGUGGGCACACCCGAAAGGCUUCCUUUGGAGACCGGCUGAGCUGCUGUCUGUAGGGACUUGCUCAGGUCUGUACUGAGUAAUGUCUGUUUUUCUAGUGUGGAUACCAGCAUAAACAGAUGUUUUAUUUAUAAAGAACGAUGUCAUUCUG